AACUGUUAUUUUAGUUGGGAAGAAAAUCGAUUACAAAAAAACGAGAGUCUUCCGAAAAUAAAUAAAGAAAUAACAAAGAGAAAAAUUGUACACCUCGUAAUAAACAAUUUCUUGAAGAGGAGAGAGGAAAAAUACAAAAAAAAAAAAAAAAGAAGAAAGAAAGAAAAUAUCUGAAUCACUCGAUCUUGACGAAAACAAUAUAUCUUGACCGCACGAUCCCAAUACACGAACAUUUUCGACUAGUCAAAGACGGCGGUACGCAUAUUCACUGGUCGCCGUUCACAGUUCGCCGGAAAUAUCGCGGCAGCACAACCGGGUUUCUCCGAUGGCGUUCUCUUCGAUUACCAUGAAAUUCCCCCCCGUCCUUCACUUGCGAGCCCUUCCUAAAAGUUCUGCACCUCAAAGUUCAAUUUCCUUUCGUUUUUCUCCUACGAAAUUCAGCCGGAGUAAAUCCUUAUCGAUUCGAUCGGUUUCAGUCCCAGCUGCGCCAGCAUCCGAGAGUAUAGCACCUGCUAUCUCAUUAACUGAUAAUGCAUUGAAACACUUGAAUAAAAUGAGAUCUGAACGUGAUGAAGAUUUGUGCUUAAGAAUUGGUGUCAGACAGGGUGGAUGCUCUGGUAUGUCCUACACCAUGGAGUUUGAGAACAGGGCAAAUGCUAGACCUGACGACUCGAUUAUAGAAUAUAAUGGUUUUGUGAUAGUAUGUGAUCCCAAGAGCCUACUUUUCUUGUUUGGAAUGCAAUUGGACUACAGCGACGCACUUAUUGGUGGGGGAUUUUCUUUCAAGAACCCAAAUGCUACACAAACUUGUGGUUGUGGAAAAUCAUUUAAUGCAGAAAUGUAGGAUCAUAUUUUGUUUAUAUGAAUGAUUCAAUAGAAACUUGAUAGUUUCAGGUUAAAGAAAACAUAGAAUGUAUAAAAACUCUUAGUUUGCUUGACAAUUGAUCCUAAUAGUAUACCUUCUAUUACUAGUUC